AUGGAGCUGUGCCCGGGGCCCGCGCCGCCCUCGGGAUGGGCGCUGCCGCUCCUCCUCGCCCUGGGCGCCGCCGGGCUCAGCCACGGCACCCCGCACCUGCCGUACUCCCGCCCGGGCUCCCGCAGCAAGAACUGGUGCGCCUACAUAGUGAACAAGAACGUGAGCUGCUCGGUGCUGGACGGGACGGAGAGCUACGUCCAGGCCCAGUACAAGUGCGCCUGGAACCAGUUCCCCUGCGAGCCCACCCUGGUAUACCGAACAAGUUUCAGACCUCGGUACACAGUUGCAUAUAAGACAGUGACAGAGCUGGAAUGGAGAUGCUGUCCUGGCUACAAAGGGGAGGACUGCAGGGAAGGACCUGCAGAAAAGCCAAACACUGCUCGUCGUCCCACAACGCCAGCGAGAGCUGCCGUGAAGAAAGGCACAGAUGCAGAACCAACAGGAGCACCGGAGCCUCCACCGUAUGAGAAGAGAAUGCAGUUUCUUGAGGAUGAAUUGUUUAGACUUACACGGUCUGUGAUUGAACUCCAGUCCUCCGUGGCAGGUGUGAAUGAAAACCUGAAGCUGACUGUACAAGAAGAUGCUAGCAAGAUGUUGGUCACUUGGCUGAACAACCUUUACGACCGCUCGGAGCCUGACAGUGCCGUUGGUGGUGAAACAGACACUAUUCAGCUGCCAGGACUCCUCAGCAAUAAAGAUCAGAAAGACCCAUUUAUUGAUUUUGAAAUGGAAGAUAUAAAAGCUGAGCUAGCUCAGGUCAAAGAAGCCUUGAAGAUGAGGAAUGAUGAGCUGGAGGAGCUCAAUGGAAAAGUAAAAGGCUAUGAAGGACAAUUGAAACAACUGCAGGAGGCAGCACAAGGACCUACAAUUACAAUGCCCCGUGACAAUAUAUAUCAGGACUAUAUAGACUCAAAAUUUGAGUCCCUCAGGCAAGAAAUAAUGGAAGGAUUUGAGAAGAAAAUGGCAGAUCUGAAGAACUCCUGUGACUAUAAACUAGAGGAUAUUCAGCAGCAGUACGACGACAGUGAAAAUAACUGUGUAGGGAUAAUGGAUGUUAUAAGAGGAAAAGAGAAUGACUUGAGGAAAGAAAUAGAUACUCUACGCACUCAGAUUCCAUCAAACAACUCCAGUUGUUGCAAGAUGGGUGAAGGAAAUUACUUUGACCAACAGAUGAAAGAGUUAGAUAAGAAGAUUGACAGAAUUGUGGAAGCACAGAGGAUCUUGAAUGUCAGAAUAGAUAAUGAAAUCAUUCGAUUGUCGACUCCAGAUCUAGAAGAUGUGUUUGGUGAGAGGUUGGAGGAACUAGAUGCAAGGAUGAACAUUACAGAACGAAAUGCUGAAGAACAUUGUUUUUAUGUUGAGGAGACUCUGCGUGGAGCUAUCGCUGCUGAGGUGGAUGAACUGAGAGACUUGUUUGACCAAAAGCUGCGGGCACUGGAGGUCAGGCUAGGCGGGACUAUUUUGGAGAUUGCCAACACCACGGACCCGGAUGGAAUGUUUGUUAAUCCUGGGCCUAUCUUGCCCAGCGACGCAGGAUUUGCAAAUGAGCAGUUUACAGCAGAGAUGAAUUUUGUGAAGGACAAACUGCUGUCGCUUGAACAGCUCUGUGGGCAGAAAUGUCAGUCUGCGCCGCGAGGUACGGAGGACCUUCAGAAACAGCUGGAAGAUUGUAACGACAAGUACAAUCACUUGCUUUUGAAAACAGAGAAUAAUUCUGUUAUCCUGAGGUCUCUAAAUAGCUCUCUUAAUGAGAAACUCAACUCAAUUAAGGGUAACCAACGUGACAUCCAGAAAAUGCAGAGAGACGUACGUGUAUUCCGAUACAAUCUAAAUGCCAUUGAUAAAGAUAUGAAAAAUCUUCAAGAUGGCCUGAGUAGCUGCAGGGAGCAGCUUCUGGGUGUCAAUUCGACAUGCAGAAAAACCCAAAGAGGUGUCUUCCGAAAAAUUGAUCAAAUGCAGAGGACAUUUGCAAAUCAAACUGCUCAUUCCAGUGAGAAUUGUUGUGGCGAAGUGAAAGACAGACUAGAACAAUUGAAUGACCAUAUCCUGAAUGAUCUUAGCAAGUGCAAAGAAAAGACCCAAGGGGUCCAGGAGGGUGUUUCAGAUGUUGAGAGCAGAGUCUCACAUGUUGAAAAAGUCUGUGGCAAGCUGGACUCUGUUUCGGACAGCUUGCAGAAUAUAAAAGAAGGUCUGAAUAAGCAUGUGAGCAGUUUAUGGAACUGCAUCCGUGAAAUGAAUGGAACUAUAGCAUCUCAUUCCACUGAUAUUUCUGGCCUCAAAAACUCUGUCCAACAGUUUCAUACUCAGGUUUCCAAAAUCACCGCAGACAUUGAAGGCGUGCUGAAAUCUCAGCCUGACACAAGGCGACCAGAAGUACCACAGCAUCCAUUGCCACCGAGGCCACCCGUGCAGCCCCAGCCUGGCAUAUCCCUGCUGCCAUCACGGCCCAGGAUGCACCCCCCACGGCAGAGGAUCCCCCUCCUCCCACCACAGCUGAGGCCUCCUCCACGCCCAGCUCUGCCAGGGUCGGCAGUUGUGCCACUUCUGCCUGGAACAACCGGCAUCAUCUUGGAGACUGGGGAGGCAGGACCUCCUGGCACGGUGUUAAUGUCUGGGAGAGGGCGUCUGAGAAGUGUGGAUGGCCAGGCUGGCCAGAGUACCAUGCCCAUUGCUGAAGGGUAUGCUGGAGCACCAGGAUAUCCAAAGUCAUCUCAUUCUACCACGGAUUCACAAGGACCUGCCACUGCUGCUGUGCCCUCUCUGGUGUCAUUUUCUGCUGGGCUCACACAGAAGCCUUUCUCCAGUGAUGUCGGCGUGGUUCACUUCAACAAAGUGCUUGUGAAUGAUGGGGACUAUUAUAACCCCAAUACAGGCAUUUUCACGUCACCGUAUGAAGGGCGCUACCUGAUCACCGCCGUGCUGGCCCCGGAGAGGGAUGAGUACGUGGAAGCGGUGCUGUCCGUCUCCAAUGCGAGCGUGGCUCAACUCCACACUGCUGGCUACAGAAGGGAACUGCUGGAGUAUCACAAACCCUACUCAGGGAAACAGACCUGUGGUGGUCCUGGGACGUUCCACCUUGUUCUUCACCUCAAAGCAGGAGACGAAGUCAACGUUGUUGUAACGGGAGGCAAACUGGCCUACACAGACUCUGAUGAAAUGUACUCCACGUUUAGUGGAGUUCUCCUUUACCCUUCCAUUUCUCAUGUUUAGGUUUACCUUGAACAGGGGAGAAGGGUAAGAUAUUCAGAAGAAAUUAAGGGUAAUAAAAUUCAAAGCUUUAAUAUAUUCAGUUUAUAUAUUUGAUUUCAGUGAUGGGUUUAUAGUCUAUAUGGAAACAUUUUCCUUGUCCCUUGUGAACAGAGGUAGCACACAUUUCUGUAGCUAAAUGAACUCCUUCCCAAGCCCUUUACCUGUACAAGCAGAACAACUGUUUAAACAACAAGUAUGUUCUCAAUAGAUAUUUCUCCACUGUGGUCCUGCUAUUCCCUAGUCAAUUGCCUUUGCAAUCUUUUCCCUAGUUUUUCAAAUUGUCCCUAGUGUAUCAAAGUUUACAUCUUUGCUCAAGUUUACAGUUGUGGUCAGCUAUGUUCAUGUUUUCAGUAAAGCAGAGCCAAGAAAUUGAAAUUGUAGUGGAUAUGGUUGAUGACUUUUUAUUCCUUAUAUUAUUUAGUAAUGCGGAUUGGCAUAAUCAAUUUGUUCAGUGCAAUUGCAAACUGUGGUGGUGCAAAGCAAAAUGAUAUUCACCUGCAUCAGUUUUCUUUUUUGCCUUUAAGGGCCAAACACUGUGCUAGGAGACAAAGUGAGUGACUCAGCCAGGUAGAAGCAGCAGCACAGGGAGAAACUUGCCUCGGCUUUCCACUGGGAAGAUGUGAACGCAAGGUGCAGCUGCUACUACUGAAAGAUUUAGAACAGUUAGUUUCUAUUUACGGAGUAAAGACGAUGAUUGGUUAUUCAUGACACUCUUGAGAUUAAAGCUUGAUGCUGGAAAUUAAUAAAACAGGUCAGAAAAAUCAGAAUCAACUUUGCUUAGCUAGAAAAGUGGUGAUUUUUAAAAGUUUAAAAAAUUUUACAGCACUUGUUUCUGGCAGUUCAGCAGUAUUUGCAUUAGAAGGGAAGUUUUUGUCUUUGGUGCAUUGUAGAAGACAAAUCAGAGAAAAAAUGGUUGAUAAAGGAAAAUAGUGUUAUUAGUCAAUAUUGUCAAAUGCACAAACCAACCCUCUGCCAGAGUUGUUGUGACAGCCUCCUGCAUCGGUGCUUUCGAGUGAGGUUUGUUUUAACACUCAGCUCCUGUUUAUAUGGAUAAAGCAGCCUUCUUAGCUUAAACAGAUAAACACAUCUGAGGCAGCAGUAUUUUAUUUUGCACACUAUCCACUUCUCAGUGGAGGUAAUAAAAGUGAUGCUUUGGCUCCUAGGAGUUAGCAUUUUGAUCAUGUCUGUGGCUGAAAAGAAAUCCAGCCACGUUUAACAGAGAGCAGGACUGUAUAUUCAUUUUUCACAUGUACAUAUAUUUGUCACCUGUACAUUCUUUAUAGCAACUGACCUUUUUAGUAGUCUGUUCAUGCCACAUAGAGCUGUAUUUAUCAUAGUGGUUUGUGUAGUGUAUUUUCCUUACUACAAAUGCAGAACAGCUAUUUGUAGCCUCAGUACAAACAAUUUUUUUAGGUGAGGGAAGAACUCCCUGCGCUGUAAAGCAGUACAUUGUAUUUAGCUGAAGCCCUUGCCAUCUGAGGAGAUCAGAUGAAGACUUCUGCUUUUGUUACUUAGUUUUGGAACACAUAUUCCCUAAUAACUAUGUUUCCAGGCAAUGAGCUGGGGCCUUCCCACAACAAACUAUCACAUCCUGGAAGCUGAACUGCUUUAAGAAAAGCAGGCAAAAAGAACUUUCUGUCCACAGCGGACCUCUGAGUCAGUCCUAGUGCAGCUAGGGUUGCACUGGGGCUGUUGUGAGCACAGGAAAGAAACUGAGUGGAGUUUUAAAGCACCUGAUUUGGGAAGACCUCCUGAUGCCUGAAUUCCAGAAAUGACGGUGUUAGAGAUAAGCAGAAGCUGGGGCUGGCUGUGUUCGUAGGACGAAGGCUGUUUCUGACAGAGCAGCUGGCAGUCAGUAGCCAAAGAUGUACAGUGAACUUGUACUUGCACUGAUUGAAGGGAGCCACCUCCGUCUCGUUUCCCUGCCCGUGUUUCUGGACCUGUGCAUUAUCACGCAGUCAGCAACCACACGCUUGUUCAAGGGGGGCUCAGCGUUCUUUUGUCCUUUCUGUCCCAUGCCUCCCUAGGUCUCAGAAUGGUAGGGACAGACUGGAAGGGUUUUUUUCUGUGUUUUCAAAAGCCAAGCCUAUAAUGCACUUUUUCUUCGUUUUAAAAACAUGAUUUUUUGUUACGUACAAAAGCCAGAGAAGCACUUUUCCUUUCAGGAUAUUUUUCACUCUCCUCGAGAAAGCUGUGUUCUCUAAGAAGCUGGCUCCAGACUAUGUAUGACUCAAGAUUAUUGUUGCCUGUUCUAAAAAUGACUCAUGGAAACAAACAAAAUGAGCUGAGUGCUUAGGGAGACCUAGCUGGCAAACACAACCUUUUUGUUCCACCUCUCCCCAAGUGAGAAAUUUUUGGAAUCAGCAGUGCAAGUUUAGUGCUAAGAGUUGCAAACCAAUUGUUUAAUUAUUAUCAAUCAUUUUAUUAUUACCUAAUCGGUCCAGGAGAUUCCUAAAUCCAACCCACAAAUCUUCACAAGCCCAGUUCUGCUAAUGGGACAGGGCUAUCUUCCACCAGAAAGUUUCCCUUUAGACCCAGGAUCUGCUGCUGCCUGUGCUGGGGCAGUUUAAGCACUCAAAAUGCAGCAUAACUGAUACUUGUACACUGCUGUAGGGCUUUCCCUAAACUGUGUCACAGCAGGGCACAAUCCCAGCACCUUAUUUUGAGGACACCUUUAGACUUUAGAGGGACAGCUUCCCAUUCAUCUCGAGCUGUGUGGGUGGGUAAAGCUAUGACCUUUUAAAAGGAACCUCUAUCUAAGAUUCCCACCUUUGUUGAAAGGAAUUUGACCCUUAAUUUGCACUUCCUUGGUAAUUGCUGUAAUCAGGGUGGGUAGUUUGGUUCCUCCUAAUGAGGUUAUUUUCCUGGAGCUUACAAGCUGGAAUCUUCACCCACCUGGGAAGACCACAGGGAUGUAGCCCAUCAAUAGGGAAAGGGAGAAUGAAACCUGAGUUUGUCUCUGCUCCAGUCAGUGCUUGUAUUAAAUAUUAAUAAUGCAAGAGCUGGAAGAGACUUGGGCACAAAUGCACUCAUAGGCCUGACAAGGGGCACUGAAAGGAGCAUUUCUCACUGUGGGUUUAUGAUUUGACUGCCACAUCCAGGAGAAUCCACAAGCUCAAAUAGGAAGCAUCUGUUAACUGAGAAAGCCUUAAAAAAAAAUUCCAGUAGGUGGAAGCUCUAAGAUGGGACUGGUGCCUGUUUCACAGAUCACAGUGCCACCUUUUAGACCCGCUUUGUAGGCAAUUUAGUAAUGCAGUACAUGAGAAUUGCAAGACUCUUAGACAAUACAGUAUCUGUUGGGCCAAGUGCUCUAAUUUGACAUCAAAAGAGGAAGAAACUCAGAAAGAAAAACUCACCUUCUACCAGGCAAAGCUGUAGAUGUGUCUGACAGUCCCUCAGCCAGGCACGAGGCCCUGUGGUUCCUCUGGGACUGCAAAUAUCCAAAGCAGAUGAGUCUCCAGGGCAGCAUCACUUGUGAGACAGGUGAGUUCCCAGAGGCAGGGCUUUAGCAGCCAGAACAUCUGAAGCCAAGCCAGUAUGCUGACAGUCAGAGAGACUCGCCUCUGGCCAAACAUGGCAAGCACAUCCUAAAACCCCAAUGUGACAUAUAAAUCAGUCAUCUCCCCAGGAAAGACUGCAGCAAAGCAGGAAUGCCAAUUUUCACUGUAAAAAGUGUAAAAAAAAAUUCUACCUCAUUAUUUUAAUUUGCUAUUAAGACCUCUGGAGACAGCAAAGACAUUUUUCUACUGUCCACUUUGAGAACACUCAAAGCCAUGAGGACUUUCUGUGGUAUUCUAUCACAUUUCCUUUUACUGUACUACAACCAGGCUAGUUGCAGCAACUUUGUGCAGUGUCACUGAGACUCUGGUUGGUUUGGUGAGACUGGCCCAACAAGAAAAAUUAAAAAUAAUCAAGCAAGCUGUAGGUGGAAAGCCUAAGAAAGCAACUUGAAACAACAUGCCCAUCACCACCCCAUGCAGCUUUAAAAUGUGCUGGGAAUGCAAGGUAAAGAGCUUCCCAACUGCAAUCAGGAGAUUCAAAUCAGGAUUGAACUCUUUCCUGAGAAUACAGCAUGCAUUUGGAAAGUGAUUGUUUUCUGAUUAGCUAAGUCCUUGUAUGACAGCCCAGUGGUGGCUACGGGUCUCUUUCACUAAAACUAGAAACACCUUUGUGGUCUCAGCUUGGAGAUGGGAGGAAUAUGCACUCCACUGAGACUUGCUCAGCACAUACAGGUCAGCUGCUGGUUCCUUCUGGAUAAUGGCACGGAGUUCAAAUCAUCCAGCUACCAGGAAUACCUGGGAUCAGUCUCCUGUCAUCACAAGACAGACUUGUGCUCCAGCCAACAUAACCUUUUUGCAAUGCGCCCUACAGACUUGGGAUGCAGAACAGCAGCUCUGCCAAUUUUUUGUAUAUGGGAGACUUCAAACAAACAUGUAACAUGUUACUGCAUAAGCAGGUCUUGGCAUUUAUUUCGCUGUCUUGAUUGUGAAAAAAGGAACAUUACUAACGUUUUCCAGCAAAAAGAACAGUGCAUUGCAAAGUAUGCUUUAGGUGUGCAUGUCUACACAUAUAUUCAUGCAUAUAUAAAAAUAAUCUCAAAGUGGGAGAGAAAUAUCCAGGAACAUGAAGAAACUGUGUGACAGAAAACAAGUGCAGAUAUGUCCAAAUAAAGCCUACCUCUUGUGUAAUGCCUUGAUGCUCUUUUGCUUUCCAGGGAAUACAGCAGCACUGUAAGCCAAAAUUUUUGUUCUCUUCUCCACCGCCUUUAGAACUGCUGUUUCUGGCUUCUCAGUCAAGCUCACAUGUAGAUAUAAAAUGAUUUUUCAGUGUCAUGCACUGUGUUACAUAGACUUUGUAGUACACAGACAUUCUGCCAACACAGCUCUUGUCCAUCUUAGUUGCUCAGUCACUGCCCUGAUUCCUGGCAAAGAUGGUAUUUCAGUUGCAAGGGACCUACAACAGUCACCUACUCGAAGUGCCUGACCAAUUCGGUGCUGGACAAAAGCUAGAGCAUGUUGGUCACAGGCAUUGUCCUUUGCCUUAAAUGCCUCUUAAACACUGACAGGUUUGGGGAUCCUGAGAUGGCGCCUCCACUCCUCCAGCAUGGCAGUGGCAGAGCCCACAGGGGCAGGAUCUGGCAUGUGCAGGGCUGAGCCUGCCACUGCUGCAGCAAGUCUCUACCUGCCUCACAAGCAGAUGGAGCAAGGGCUGUCCAUGCCCGGGAGUGCUGAGCAGCUGCACAGACCACUCCUGGGCUGCACUCCCCUCCAUCCAUCCUGCUGGCAUGGGGGAUGUUUCCCAGUGACUGAGAGUGUGGGCAGCCAGCCAUUCCCAUGGCCCUGGCAGAACCCCCUUCUUUGUGGUGUAUCAAAGCACCUUGAAGUUCAAGAGCAGGGGGAAUCCAGGGUGGCUUCCAGGGAAAAGGAAGCAUCCAAUGCCAUGUGGGGAGUGCACUUGGCUGCCUUACACACAAGAGAUUCCAUAAACACUGUAGUUUGGGGAUCUUUGGGGGUUGUUAGUUGUUUGUUCAUUUUUACCAAUCACUGACCUUUGCAUUUGUCCUGAUUCUGGCUGGGACAGGGUUAAGUUUUGCAGCAGUGGGAGCAACUGGAUAUGAAUUGUACGCUCUGCCGUUCCUAUCGCUGUUGUUACUGUUCCUUAUUUCACUGCUGUUUCUAGUAAAUUGUUCUUAUCUCAACCUGUGAGCUUUAGCUUUGUGUGCGUCCAGCUGUCAUUUCCAGCCCUCCACAGGGGAAGAGAGGGAGCUGGAGGAAGGGUGAGAAAGCUCAGUGGUCUGGGUAUUUCAGUGGGAAUACAAAAUUGGGGAAUACCAUUCCUAAACCACGAAAACAUUGCAGAGCAGAGCCGCUCAGCAUUCGUAUCCAUCUAGGAUAGGAUGGAUAGGAUCCAGCUCUCGGCAAGGCAUUGUCCCGUGAGAGUGAAGAGCAUAUCCCAGUUUGGCAUUGUCAGCAAACUUGCAAAUGGUGCAUUCGGCUCCUGCAUCCAGCCCCCUGAUAAAUAUAUUGAACAGAACUGGCCCUGGAGUUGAGCCUUGAGGAGCAUCGCUGGUCACCCGUCACCAGGCAGCAGCAGUCCAUGUCACCAUAGCCCUUUGAGCCCUGCCCUUCAGCCAAUUCUCAGCUGAGCAGCUCAUGCUGUUGCUGGUGAUCACUAGAGCACGUACACAGGAUGUAUCAUCAGAAGUGGGGAAUGUAAGAUAAGAGGCCAGCAACACAGGAAGGUGAAUUAAAAAGAGAGGGCAGGGAAAGGUUGACUAAAAGGAAGAACACGAGGUGCAUGAGCGCUCGAGUGGGACAGAAACACCAGUAGGGGUUUGAUUAAUUUAAAGCAAGGGAAAGGAGGAAAAGGAGCAAGGGAGUGCUUAGGAAACACAUUGCACAGGAGUGGCCACCCCAGCCAGGCAGAAGACCCUGACAAACCCUUGCUGUGCCUAACAGUGAAAGCUCUGAAGCUCUGAGCGCAGGGGACACCUGCCCAGAAACCCUGCUGAGCUGGCUCUGUGCUCAGCUCACCACUGGCACGAGAGCUCAGCUGGCAACAAGUGGGAGCAUGCACAUACUUCCCACCACAGCAGUGCAGGCUGCAGGCCCUCAGUGCACCAACUGCAUGACGUAACCCCAGGCACAGUGUUCUGCACUGGAAACAGUGAUUCUGUUCUUUACACGUUGAAAUCAGCUGCUCCAAGACAGAAAAAUCCAUCCACCAAGAACAAGACCAGCCUAGCAGGAGUGCAUUACAGUAAGAUGGACACAGGGGAAACAAUGCCAGCUCAGAAAAGUUUAUGCAACAGAUUCAAAAACUUGGAUACAUAGGACACACCACCCUUCUCUUGCUUGCACUGGCAGAAUCGCUCACUGCAGCACCAAGGAUGCAGUGGGACCCAGGUGUCAAAGAUGGGCAGUGAGCAGAUGGGUGGGAGGAACAAGUGCAGAGUGUCAGCAGAGUCAUGGGGGAAACCUGGCAGGAACACAGGAGGUGAUAACACACCAGCAGUAACACCAAUGGCACCACAGAAGGACCAAAAGGCACAGCAUCACUGACCUUUUCCUGCAGAUCCAUCAUAAUUGACUGAACAGUCAGGUUUUCUAUGUAGGCUGCUAGUUGGUUGCAUUUACCAAGAGCAGCAAGAGACCAGGAAAAUUAAUUUCUGCUGAAAGCUUAAGGCCCCUUUUCCGAGACUGCCUCACAAUAUUUGCUUCAAGCCAUUUAACAACUGCUAGGGAAGACAAUACUCUUUGCCUUGAAAGGGAAAAGUUAACUUUGAUUGAAAUGGGAUAAAACUCCAAAUUAGGGCAGAUUUACAAGAGCUCAAACUGCACUUACAACAUUUUCUUCAAGGCAGCUUGUACAUUCCCAAGUCGUGCCUCUGUUACCUGAUAUUUUGUAUUACCAAGCGCAUGUUUGCUUUUCAUUAUAGCAGUAACCCAGGAUUGGUACUGGCACAGAAGUUAAGCUUAAUGACAGCAAUUUUUUAUCAGCUGUAUAAAUACUCUGAAAAAAAGUAAAUCAAGCCAGAAAGAAAGCAAAUAUACUGUAUCCUGAGAAGACCAACUUGAGUUCUAUGUUGAACAUAAACACAAUUUUAAUAGCCCCACCUUUAGUCAUUCAGCAGUACAAUAAAGGAAUUACUAAAUACAAAGUAAAGAGAAAUUUCACUUUAAGUCUGUUUUUAUUGUGAUAACAUUGUUCCGAACACCAAUAAACAUUGCACUGAAGUGUGGGUUGCUGCACCCAAGACAGUCCAGUCUUAACAAAAACCACUGUAUUGGUAUGAUCACAGAUUUGACAUUUUAAACACACUACCUUAUUAGUGAUUGGGUUGCUUAACAAUCAAGUAUUCCACAUCUUCAAGAUAAAAAUGAAACAAAUGACUGAAGAGAGUUUUCCAACCCUCAAAAUAAACCAACAUUUUAACUUUCAUCUGGAAGUAAUUAACACUGUAAAAAAAGUCCCAAAUAAUUCCUUUCUAUUUAGCAAAUUUGAACUCUGGAAAUUAAAAUUUCUUCAGGCAAAAGUGACACUUUAAAGGCAUCUCAAAUUCUCUAUCUGUGAUGUUUCACAAAGAAUUUGCAUUACAGUCAUUUAAACAACUCAUUCAUAUGACAGCAUUUUUUAGAAGACUUGCAUGAAAUACUAACAUGAAAUUUCAUCUCUUUUGCAUUUACCAUAAACGGAUUCAGAGUUUGCUUCAGAAGUCCCAUAAUGGAGUUGACACAAGUGUUAAAACUUUUCCAGUUGAAAAGGAAAAAAAAAGGGUUUUGGAAGGCAUAUACUGAUGACAGAAAGUUAAGAAGACAUGAGCCAGGAUUGCACAUGCACUUGCACACUGUUGGGAAUGAAAGCCCAAUCUUCUGAAGUACAAACAUGCUUGGUACAGUAAAUAAAUAAAAAAAUUUAAAUUCAGAAAUGCAUACCCUUUAAACUGCUGAUCUUUAAAUCAUUAUAGAAACGGGUAACAUCCAAGUCACUAACAAGUUUUGAAUUGCAAUGUUCCUUAUUUACUCCCAGACAGGUGUCAUUGCCUCAGCCUCUGAGGGGCUCCAACGCUAAGAGGAUCUGCAUCUUCAACAACACAGUCUUAACAGGGGUGUGCGUGUGCCCACAGCCAGGCACACUUAGAAGUUCCUCUUUCACAGAAAGAAUGAUGUAGCUUGCGCUAAUUUUACACCAGUAUAGCACAACUUGUUCUCAAACAUCAGUUUCAGGCCACUUCUCUCCACUAAGGUAACAAAGGUCAAGCUAACGCAUAAUUCUUAUUUACCCCUCUCCACAUUAAUGUCGUGGCACAAGCCCACAGCUUGAUAGCAAUGAGAUGUCUGCUCUAGGGUCAGUAAAGUGCCCAGCAGCCCCGAGAACACAGGUACACAACGACAGGCCCCAUAUUCUGUCCUUAAAUGGGGUUAACAAACAACCUGAAAAGCUUCAAAUACAAGCCAGAGUUAGAAAAACCAAACCCCCUGCCCUACUCGUAUCAGAAAGACUCAACAACAUUUACAUUUUAUCAAAAAACAAAUAUCAAACUGUAGCUGUUACAGAGAAAAACAAAUCUAUUUUUUAAAUUAAGCAACCUUUUGGACACUCCUACAACGCAAAAUGACAUGCUAGCAGAAUGAGGAGCUCUCAACAAAACUCACACAACCCCCAUUUUCAUACCAGCUGAAAGUACAUGUGUUUGGAGAUAUACCUGAUACUAUUUUUCCACACUUUUCAUUUACUCAAGUCCCCACCUUGAAAUCCACAGCUUAUCUUUAUGACAGUCUGAAAAGUUGAAGGGAAUUGAAGAAAAAAAAUAAAAGUGAAGAAAGAAUAUUAACCAAAAAAGACACAGCCAAACCAUGGUAAACCAUGGUAACAAUCUGUCCCAUUUGGGAACUCAUCAUGGUUUCAUGAAGUGCUUUUAUUUUUAGAAAAGCUGUGUAAUACCAGGGCUACCAAGAGUAGACUUCAGUAUGGUAAAGCAAAUUUUGACAGCCACAAAAAGACUGUUUUAGGAAAGGCUGCUUCACUCCCUUUAUGCAAAAUAGAAUCUUUAGAUAUAAUAAUUAUUCUUGUAACUAAAAUACUUUUAUUAUGUUGGAUUCUUAUUUAUUAAUUUUAAAGUAUUUAAGUGACUUAAAAGCUCAAAUCACAUUGAUAUUCAAAGCACUUGGUGAUCAUGAAAAUUUUAGUUUCUAAUGAAAUCUAUGGGAUAAAAGGUAAGAAAGGGAAAAGAAUACAUGGAAUGAUGUUUGCAAGCUUUUGAUAUUGAAAAAAAAUACAAGAAAAAAGCAGUAAAAUAUCUUUUGAGUUGAAUCCUGUGAAAGGAUUCAACUCUCUACUUAAAGACUGAGUAGAUGGGUGACCAAGAACCACAGAAGUUAUUGUUCUCACAGUACAAAAAUGAGGAUGCCUUUCAAUUCACUGACAUGCACAACACACUGUGACAGCUAAGUUUUUUUAUCCCACUCUCCUUCUCCUGCUCUGAAAGAGAUUCCAGGUUGAUUUUGCUUGCCUCCACCCAUUAUCCAGUGUUUUAUAAAUACAGGAAUACACUGGAAUUUUAUAAUGGGGGGGGAGAGAAAGCAAUUUCAUUUAUACAGUGAUUUAAAAAUGCCCCCCUCCUGAGCACUUCACCAGUUGUCCAGAGUUAGCAGAUAUUACACCAGAACUGAGAGUUAAGAGAGCCUGACAAUGGAGGAAAAAAUACUCCUGGAGGGGUGUAAAAUCCUCUAAAUGUAUGCUUUUGCAGGUAGUAAAACCGAGUGAUCUGGUGUUUAAAUGACUGUAGUCCUUAAGCUCUUUGGGCUGGUGGAAUGAUAUAUUCUCACAUAGUUUUGUCCAAAAGAAGUUAAAUGCGCUAAUUCAACUUAAAAAGCAGCCACCUUUGCCUUCAAGUACUUUUGGAGAAAGAACAACUAGCUGCUUUUAUAGCUGAUAAACACCAGAACUGGAACGUAAUUUGUUCACAGGCUCUGACUGGAGCCUGAGGAAUGACCAGCAUGAUGUUUGCAAAUAACCCAAAACUUCUUAAAAAAAAAAAAAAAA